AUAUCACGUUGCGCAGGAUGUGUGAACCCAAAGCGCGGCUAAGAGAUUAGCACUUAGCUCUCACUCACAGGGAAGAUGAACGCUCCGCCGGCCUUCGAGUCGUUUCUGUUGUUUGAGGGGGAGAAAAAGAUUACAAUUACAAAGGAUACCAAGGUGCCAAAUGCCUGUUUGUUUACAUUGAACAAAGAAGACCAUACACUGGGCAACAUCAUCAGAUCACAGCUACUGAAGGACCCUCAGGUGCUGUUUGCUGGGUAUAAAGUGCCCCAUCCACUGGAGCACAAGAUUGUGAUCCGUGUGCAGACAACACCAGAUUACAGUCCUCAGGAAGCUUUCACAAAUGCUAUCACUGACCUCAUCAGUGAGUUGUCACUGUUGGAAGAAAGGUUUAGGGUUGCCAUUAAAGACAAGCAGGAGGGCAUCGAGUGAAGACUAUCAGAAUAUGGAUUUUCAUUAAUUAGUAUACCAGCUUCAACAUGAAAUACAUAUUCACCCGUUUCUAUUUCAUCGGUCAAGAGUUAUAUUCUGCUUGCUCUGGACUUGUACAUCUGCUGCAGCUGAGCAGUGCUCAUUCUCCAUCUCACUCUUCAUGUCCCACGUUCAGUCUGAGACUACUGUGAAUGUCUCUGUGAAUUACUGUUAUCUUUAAAUAUUACCAUGUUGAUCUAAAACCUUUUGUACAGCCGGUCUCUACUUUUAUUUCCAUAUUGUUUUGUCAUUGCGUAGUAGGUGUAGUUAAAUGUUGCUUUUUUGUAUUGAUUUAAAUAAAAAUGUUUUUCAAUUGA